AUUCACUACUGAGGAGGAGGAGCCCCCUCGACGCGUAGAAACGAGACCGCCUUGCUAUGCAGCCAGCCCUGCCAGUUCCAGCCGCCGCCACCGGUAGCACCUUUUCGGCCAGCUCCUGAGAUCACAGCAGCCGGCAAGGGCGCAACUCGGGUUCACUCCCCAUUCCUUGGCCGCCACCGCCGCGCGCUCCUUUCCCUUCCUUCGCUGUCCCUUUUCCACCAUCUGCUGCUGCUGCUGUCACCGUUUCAUUAGGAACUUGACCGGGCACAGGCGGGGUCAGGAUUGCAUAUCAGAAACCCAGCGUGACUCUUCAGGUCUUCAGCAAGGGUUUCAUCAACGAGAUGGUCUGCAAGGGACUUGUUAGUUUUGGACAGCAGUUGGUUCGUCGGAAAGUGGUGGACUGCACAAGUGAUGCCAGCCGGCUGUCGCGAUGCCUCAACACCUUCGACUUGGUUGCCCUUGGCGUAGGCAGUACGCUUGGGGCAGGAGUCUACGUUCUUGCUGGGGCAGUGGCUCGAGAAAACGCAGGACCUGCCAUUGUCAUCUCUUUCCUGAUUGCUGCUCUGGCUUCUGUGCUGGCUGGACUUUGCUAUGGCGAAUUUGGUGCCAGAGUCCCAAAGACUGGAUCAGCUUAUCUCUAUAGCUAUGUGACAGUCGGCGAGCUGCUGGCCUUCAUCACGGGAUGGAACCUAAUUCUCUCCUAUGUCAUCGGGACAUCAAGUGUGGCCCGAGCAUGGAGCGCAACGUUUGACGAACUCAUAGGCAAGCAUAUCGGAAUGUUCUUCCAACAGUACAUGUCCAUGAACGCUCCUGGUUAUCUAGCAAAAUACCCAGACGUCUUUUCUGUUUUCAUUAUCCUGAUCUUAACAGGACUUCUAACUUUUGGUGUGAAAGAAUCUGCAAUGGUUAACAAAGUGUUCACCUGCAUCAACGUCCUUGUCUUGGGCUUCGUGAUAGUGUCAGGGUUUGUGAAGGGAUCGAUUAAACACUGGCAGAUCCCAGAAAACAUCACGGAUCCUUCACACAAUGAAACCAUUCCAGAACAUGGCGUUGGUGGGUUUAUGCCCUAUGGAUUCUCUGGAGUUCUUUCGGGGGCAGCAACAUGCUUUUAUGCAUUUGUGGGAUUUGACUGCAUUGCCACCACAGGUGAGGAAGUGAAAAAUCCCCAGAAAGCAAUUCCAAUAGGAAUCGUUGCAUCGCUUCUGAUUUGCUUUGUUGCAUACUUCGGUGUGUCGGCUGCUCUUACCCUCAUGAUGCCUUACUACAUGUUAGAUAAAAACAGCCCCCUGCCUGUUGCUUUUAAGUAUGUGGGAUGGGAUGGUGCAAACUAUGCAGUGGCUGUUGGUUCACUCUGUGCCUUAUCCACAAGUCUCCUUGGGUCCAUGUUUCCAAUGCCAAGAGUUAUUUACGCUAUGGCAGAAGAUGGACUACUGUUCAAGUUCUUGGCUCGUGUCAAUGAGAGGACAAAGACUCCAAUGAUGGCUACAAUAACGUCGGGAGCUAUUGCAGCUGUCAUGGCCUUUCUCUUGGACCUAAAGGAUCUUGUAGACCUUAUGUCUAUUGGGACGCUUCUUGCUUACUCCUUGGUGGCUGCCUGCGUGUUGGUACUAAGGUACCAACCGGAGCAGCCGAACUUGGCAUACCAGAUGGCUAGUACAAAUGAUGAGGCAGACAACAACGAGUCUGUGAGCACCAGCGAAUCUCAGACCGCCUUUCUGCCUGAAAAGGGGGAGAAGUUCUCCUUAAAAGCUGUUUUCCGCCCCCAAAAUACUGAUCCUUCCAAACUCUCUGGGUCCGUAGUCAAUGUCUCCUCCUGCAUCAUAGGUGUUCUAAUCGUCACCUUCUGUAGCUGGACUGUCCUUGGCAAAGAUGCUCUGAAGAACGGGACCCCGUGGGCUAUUGCUCUGCUUGUGGCCGUUUUCCUCCUCUGCUUCUUCUUCACCGUGGUUAUCUGGAGACAACCUGAAAGUAAAACCAAGCUCUCGUUUAAGGUCCCCUUUCUUCCCAUCCUUCCAGUCUUGAGCAUCUUUGUGAAUGUUUAUCUCAUGAUGCAGCUGGAUGGUGGCACGUGGAUACGAUUUGCUAUCUGGAUGGUGUUGGGUCUGGUUAUUUAUUUUGCCUACGGCAUGUGGCACAGUGUGGAGGCGUCUUACUCGGCACCGACGGAUGCAGAACGAAGUACGGACAACAACGUGGACAGUUGCAAAUGAUUGGCAGCCUGGUUCCGCCAAAGGACACCUGAGGGCAUCCUCUGCAGGGAAGGGUGCUUUCCUCUCUGGGACCCUGAAGUAUUUUGUUCUGUGGAGUAUCAGGUGGGCUUCUGUGUCCAACAGUUGCCCCUUGCAGCUUGCUUUUACCUUGGUAGUACAUUUAUAAGGGAUCACAAGGAAAAGGCCAGGCCUCUGGCACACUUCCAACAACACUGUUAUCUGAUGCCGGCAGCUCCCCCUCCCUUGUCGUAUUGAAAGAUAACAGCUUAUCAGCGUUCCAGUUCACUUCCAAUGCUGCUAUGAGACCAAGCCUUACAGAGGCCCUGCAAAGUAAUUUCCCCGGUACUGUCUCCUUGGAUUCAAGUGAAGCAGACUCUGUACUGUCUCCAACGUCACCUGUGUUGGACCACCAAAACCAAGGGGCCUUGCCUAAAUGAAAACAACCCACCCCCAACCGCCUGUGUGUUAGCAAAACACCCUACCCCCUUGCAGGACUGAUCUGAUUGAGAAAAAGGACUUGGUGCUGUUAUUUAAUCAUCGUACUUGACUUAAUUUGUGCAGGCAACUCCUGCGCUUUGAAAUGCAACGUUGCAACAGUCUUCUGUAGGGUAGUGGCUUGCAGGCUGAAUUCUAUCUGCCGCGACACAAAAUAACUUCGUUUAGGCAACUAACAGAUCCUGCUGCUUUUACGAGAAAAGCUUCUAGCUCAUGGUAUAAUUCUGGGUGCUUGUUUGUCCCCCAGGGUUAUAUAAAUCUGCAAAAUUAGGAGUAACUCAGUUUCCUGCAUGGUUUAGGAUGUUGGUCCCAUCCUGAAUGGAGUAAUACUGGCCAGAGUGUAGUGCUUUCCCUUUCUCAUCUUGCUCCUCUUCAUCGCAAGUUUGUGAGGUGGGCCCUCCAGUGUUCCUUGAAGGUGAGAGAAAGCAAUGUAUGCAACCUUGAAUUAAUCCAUUUUGGAGAUGGGAUCUGAACCCUGGCGUGUUGGGUCCAGCUCCCAACACUGUUACAUUUUUAAGUAACUUAUUUAUGUGGGGAGGGAGCGUGUGCCAAACUUGAUUCUUCUGGUGCAGGGUAAGAAACAGCAUUAGUUCAUGGAAGAUUUGGGACAAAUGUGUGGUCUUUGAAGUCAAAACUAUUGUGGCUUUUCACCUGUCCUGUGAGGGCUGGCUUUUCUCUAGAGAAGAGGGAGAAGCAUGCAACACUCAGAAGCAAAAGGGAGUAUGCAGUGAUAAUUUACUGUGCUCAAUAGACAAGUUCUUGCUCAUGCAGCUGUAUGCCAGUUUACCUGCUGAGUGCUGCUUUUGUGCAAUGAACUCUGAGAUGCCACCUUAGCCAUGCUGAACCCCAAAUAGGAUUUUGUGCUCUUUCCAAAGAGUGUUGGCACAGGUAUGCAGUUCGAGCAAUGCGUCCUAAUUAGCAGAAGCUUGAAAAGGGAGCUUCUUGUGCUUCUAAAGCCAUCUGUCAGCCUUCCUGUCGAGUGCGGGUGUGGAACUGAAGAAGGUUGGCUUUUUUUGUACCUAUGCAUAGACUACCCCUUGGCAACCUGGGGCCAGAUGGCUGCGACGGAAGGGAGUGGUCCAAAACCUCUGGAAGGCCAGAGGGUUGCCAAAGGAUGGCAUAGACAGGGAGCCACCUCUUUGUAAAAAGAAAAGGAAGGAAAAGUGGGUUUCCAAAAGAAACAAGUUCAUGCAGAUCCUUGCUGUAGAAAAAAUCCAUUGUAAAUAUUGUAGCUUAUUAUUAUUAUUAUUUUAUUAUAUUAAUAUUAUUUUUUCAUUACUGUUCUCUUGGAAACCUGAUUUUAUUUUUUAUUUGAUAUUUAUGUCUAGCCGCUUCAUAUCUUGCCUUUGGGGCAAAUUGUGUGAACUUAGAAGAAGGGGAAAUCUUUAUUUUUCGGGAGGGUUGAUCCUAUUUUUAUGUGAGGGAUUUCCGAGGGGAGAAAUGUUCCUUUGGGGGUGCCCCCCAGGUUUGGCACUUCUUCACUGCUAUUGCUUAGCCCUGCAACAGCCCUUGGGGUCAUAGGUACAGAAGGCCUGUACUGUUGGGAGUUGCAGUGUCUGGAGGGCACCAGCUUGGGGAAGGCUGUUGGGGGGGCAGUACGAGGGUGACCUGUAUUACGGCACAUGGAAGACUUGAUUAGCUGGUAAACAAAAGGCCACAAGUGGCCCUUGAGGUGAACAUGACUGAUUCCUGGGCAGUGUACAAAAGAUUCCUCUCCUGUGAAAGGUUUUCUCUCAUUAUACUAGAAUUCACGGACAUGCGAUUAAUAAUAAUAAUAAUAAUAAUAAUAAUAAUAAUAAUAAUAAUUUAUUAUUUGUACCCCGCCCAUCUGGCUGGGUUUCCCCAGCCACUUUGGGAGGCUUCCAACAAAAAUUUAAAAUACAUUAAAAUGUCACGCAUUAAAAACUUCCCUGAACAGGGCUGCCUUCAGAUGUCUUCUAAAUGUCAGGUUGUCAAGUGGGAUGUUGUAAGAUCCAGGGCAGACCAAAGACGGUACUUCUUCACACAGCACGUCUUUGAAACCAUGAAUUUCACUCCCAUAAGAUUAGAUAUAAGAAGGCCUGGAAAAACCCCGGAAAAACUGGGAAAAACCAGGGUUCCCCCCCCCAAGCCAUUUUUCUUGGGGGGGGGGACAGCUUUGGGGGAAAAUGGGGAAAAAACCUGGGUCCUGUCCCCCCAUUUUUCUGCUUCCCCCCCCCAAGCCUUCCCAUCUCUAAUCUUAUGGGAGUGAUACAGUGACAGCCGCUGACUUGGAUGUCUGUAGAAGAAAAUCGGGCAAAUUCACGGAGGAUGUGGUUUGCAGUGGCUGCUAGCCAUUGUGGCCCUGCCCUGCCUCUGCUCUCAGAGAAACAGUCCCUGGGAAUCACGGGUGGGGGAAGUUCUGUUGUACUUGAGUCCUAUUUGUAGGCUUCCGUAGGCAUCUGGUUAUUUUUUUCAAAUUAAAUUUCUAUGCUGCCCUUCAUCCGAAGAUCACAGGGCAGCUUGCAAUAUGGCAGUCAAAGAUUUCAUGGCUCCAGUAUUCUCAAAAGGCCAUUUGCCCGACGGUAGCUUAACUCUCUCUGAUGGGCUAUGGGGCCCUGUGCCUUUCUGGUUUUUAUAGCAGUGAUUGGCCAUGGUGAGAACAGAACAGGCAGGCCUGCUAGCCUGAACCAACAGGCUGCCCUUUUGUGGUUCCUCUUAGCCCAUCUGCACGUCUGGCGGGCGGAAGCCUACGUGUGUUCCCAUAGAUCCUGGAACUCUGCACAAACGCCACUCCUGUCCAGGGUCUGCGAAAGCCUAUGUGUGUGCAGUUCCCCCACCUCAGCACCUGCACUAAUUCUUUCAGAUUUGUCCCAGUGGAUCGGUCAGUUCUUCUCUGUGCCUUUUUACAAGGGUCAUUCUUCUACACUACAUGCUGUCUUGGAACUUCCAGCUUAUCUAAUUAGGAGGCGCACAGUCCCAUGUUACAGAGAUUGUGGCUUAGUUGCAGAUCCCCAGUUAUCAGUUGCUUCCUAGCUGCUCCCCAGUUGUCUGUCGCAUACUCCCACAUAGAAAUUGCUUCUAUGUAGGCUUUGCCCCUGUGGAAUUCCAUGUCCUCUGUUGUCACCUUUGCCAACCUAGCACCUUCCAGAUGUUUUGGACCACAACUUCCAUCAGCUGCAGUUGGAGGAUGCCAGAUUGGCAAAGACUGUUCUGUAGCCCCUUGGGAUCGAUUUGUAAAAUGUGCCCUAAUGUGAAGCUGCCCUUGAAGAAGGCUCUGAAACUGGAAGGCAGGGAACUUUGCUGAAAGUUAGGUUUCUAGUUCAAAUCAAGGUUCUGGUCAUCAACUCUAAAGACCUAUGUGACAGGGACCCCAACUUAACCUUAGGAGGUGUCUUCUCUCCAACAAACUUCCCGCUUAGCCUUGCUGCAUAUUCCACAUGAGCUGGAUAUGAAGUUAGUACCUGUGGCAGGUACGGGGCCCUUAACUCUGGGAGGUGGCUUCCUGCGUUCUGAGCGCCAAAGUCUAGACAUUGAUAACAGUUCUAAUGCAGCAAGUUUUUAGCAGUAAACUUUUAUGAUCUAGCGUAGCUGUAGUUCGGUCAUUCGGUAGCUUAUUUUAGAACUGAUUUUAUGUAUUUAUUUCUCCGAACAGGAGGGGAAAAACAGGGUAAACAUCUCACAAAAGGAGCAUUAAGUUUUGUACUGUAUAUCAGCAAAUCGUGUGCGUGUCUAACAUGGGAUUCAUGCAAAUCCCCCACCCCAGGGAAAUGAUUAGAGGUCGGAAUCCUGACCAUGCUUAAAGGAGCGCUGAGAGUAUGUGUGAUGUCAUAUGCUACUUCCUUUAAAAAAAUUAAAUUAAAUUUCCUAGGCUAGUGGCUCUCCUCCUCCAUCUGCUUACUUCAAUUCAGGUGGUGGGAUGCUGUUGGACUCCAACUCCCAUCAACCCCAGCCAAGGGUUAGGGAUGAUGGGAGUUGUAUACCUCCAGGUGUUGCAGGACUACAGAUCACCCACCCUUGCUCUCAGUAGUGCUGAAACUGGAACCAGGUAGGCUGCACUUGCAUAAAUACUGGCACUAGGUGAGCUUAUACUCCGUCCCUCUCCCUGUGGUGUGUAACAGCUCAGAGGAGAGAUAUAGAGCCUGGACAAUUCCACCUAUUCCUGUUGGACAAUUUCGCUAGUACCAACAGGGGUCGCUAAAUCUCUCUGCUGUGCUUACCCCUGUACCGUUGCCACUGCCAGGCCCUUGCAUGGUUGAAGAUGGGUGUGUGUGUGCUCAGGACGUGGAAUGCAAACUUCUGCUUAUUGGUGUAGGAUUUUGCCACUUGGGGUGGGGAUGGAAGACUAGAUAGACUGUGUUGCCCUUACCCCUGAAUCCUAAAUGUAAAUACAUGCAAAGCUUGAGUUUGGUGAAAACCUGAUUGCUGCUGCUGCUGCUGUAGGUUUGCUAUUGUAAAGAACAGGCCAGCAUUUACUAGAGCUCGUCUUUGUAAAUAAGUGGGAAACUUUUUAUUUUUAUUAUGUUUAAAUAAGAAGGUGGUUUUGUAUAGCUGCUGGGACACUUUGUUGUAUAUAUAGCCGUAUUCUGAAGCAUUGCCUUCUGUGUUGCGCUCAAAAGAAAAAGACUGAACAGGUAUCUUACUUCGUAUGAGGUCUUUCACUUCAUUGCAGGAGGUUGGGCGAAAUGACCCUCAGGGUCCCUGCCAACUCUACAAUUCUAUAUGGUUCUAUAACAGAGGAGCCUGUCCAAAGUAGCCUCUUGAAUCAAUGGAAGCCGCCAUCACUUCCUUCAGGAAUUGUCUCAUUUUCACUGUCUCCUUUAGAUUAUUUUUCUCCCGGAAGGGCACAAGCCCAGUAUGGAAGGGGAAGUGUGUGCAAACCCUUAAGUCAGCAAGGGGGAAUAUCCCUAAUGUGUACCCUGACCUGAUGCGUGUUUCACUUGGAAGAUGGUUUUAAGUGAGUUCAGCGGGGCUUCCUUCUAGUUGGGUGUGCAUAGAAUUUGAAACCCUAGGCUAGGAUCAUACCCAGCCCAUGGCACAGGAACACAGCUGGGGCUUUGGUUAAAUUCACCCAUAUAGAAGGAAGUUUGGAAGAGCAUGGCACUACAUUUAGUCCUGUGGCUUCAUACCAGCUGUAAAAGGAUGUUCACGUGGUGGUUAUUCACAAUGAGCAAUUUCUCUCUCCCAACCAUUAUAUUAUACACUAGUGGCCAAAAUUGUGGAAACCUUUAGGAAAAAGUGUAUUUGAGGUUUUAUGACUCUUGAGACUCUUGAGAGUCCCAUGGACUGCAAGAAGAUCAAACCUAUCCAUUCUGAAGGAAAUCAGCCCUGAGUGCUCACUGGAAGGACAGAUCCUGAAGCUGAGGCUCCAAUACUUUGGCCACCUCAUGAGAAGAGAAGACUCCCUGGAAAAGACCCUGAUGUUGGGAAAGAUGGAGGGCACUAGGAGAAGGGGACGACAGAGGACGAGAUGUUUGGACAGUGUUCUUGAAGUUACAAACAUGAGUUUGACCAAACUGUGGGAGGCAGUGCAAGACAGGAGUACCUGGCGUGCUCUGGUCCAUGGGGUCACGAAGAGUUGGACAUGAUUAAAUGCUUAAACAACAACAUCAACACUUUUAUUUGGAGUAAUACCAUAAAAUUAUAUAUCAGUGGAAAGAUAAUUUAAUGAAGAAUGUAAUGCAACAAGGUUUGUUCAAUUAUCUGUAUUCUAUCAAAAGUUAUAGCCAAAUAACCAGAAAAAGGAAGCGCAACUUGCUUAGGUUGAUAUGCAGUAGCUUUCCUUCAUUUGAAUGUAGCCAGUGAGCAUGAGUGUUUAGAGAGCCAAUCAGAUGUUGUUGUUGUUUAGUUGUGUCCGACUCUUCGUGACCCCAUGGACCAUAGCACAGGGAACUGUGCAUGCAUUCCGCCAGGGUAUCCAUGCAUAUAACACCCCAUUGCAUCUCUAUAGAUUGCACAAGAGAGCACGAGAAAGCUGACAAUUUCUGUUUGAACAUUUUAUAGAUUAACCUUAGUGUAACCUUGACCAGGCUCCACAAGGGGUUCUGGUGAUAGCAAAGUGAAUAUUUUAUGCUUUUUGAAUGUAACCCAAUUGCAUGUUCAUUAGUUUCCGUUGAAGCCAAUGGCGUUCAUGUGCAUAUCAUUUGUACACACUUGAAGUUGCUGCAUUUUGAACUGUCCUGUGAAAGUAUUACUAUUCAGUGCUACUUUGGUGUUCGUUCUAAAAGGUUACUUUUUUCUAAUUUGCAAGUGUUGGGAAGAGUUACUUUUAAGUGCAGAGGGUGCCGGAAUACCCACAGGUUAGCAUUUAUGUGCUGAUGCAUCAAGUGUGAGGCCUGGGCUGUAUGUGGUAUAGGCACAUACUGCCCCCCUCCAUGAGAUUUUGGCACCAUCAUUUAGCUGUUUGUCCAUAUAACUUUGUUUUGACAACUUCAUGAAUCCAUCUCAGAAGAUGCUUCCAUUGCAAAGGUUGUCUGGCAUUUGUUACAUGUGUACAUCUUUUAACAGGUGCUUUCAUGUGCUAGUCCUUGGUAUGUUGUACUUCCAAAUCAAAGGCCAAAUGUUGCAGGAACAAUGCCUGUUAGUAACAAUCCAUAUAUUUCCUCAGGGUUUAUUUCCUCCUGCUGUUGGCACAAGUCCCAAUAAAAAAUGUUAUGCUGAGAUGAUGAAACUCUUAGACAGUGGCCUGGUUUUCACAUAGCGUUAAGCCAUGGUUUGUUUAGCUUAACUAUGGUUUGUUUUUACAUCCAAGCCCCACCCCUGUCAACAGAUUAGGGUCUGGGCUCAACAAAUAAGAAUAUGAAACCGUGGGUGGUAUUCAACUAGGUUUUACUUAGAGUAGGUCUGUGGAAAUUAAAGGACCUAAGUAAGUUCAUUAAUUUAAGUGGUUGUACUCCAAGUAAAAUUGAGUUUACCACUAUAUGGUUUGAAGCUGGCUUAUAUAUUUCCCUUACAUCUGAAUCCAGAGUCCUUGCUUCUUUCCUAUAGAAAGAGGUAGAAAGCACGAACAGUUGAAAAACGAAACUUGCAUAAGGUGAAACAAGCAAUGGUUACUGCCUGCUGGUCUGUGAGACUGAUCCUGGUAUCUUCAACAAACCAUGCUUAAAGCAAACCCUGAGUUACUACCAUUAUGAAUGCAGCCACUGAGGAAUCUUACACAAAUCGCAUGCGGUCAUGUCUGUGUUUUCCAGAUGAUGGAAGGGUUGUAACAUGUGUGCCUGGUGGCAAAGUGGAGGAUUUCCUGUCUUUACGUUGUGCCUUUCAAUGUACGUCUGGUCUCAGGAGCACAAAGAAUGUACAUCCGAUUGUACAUUACAAAUCUAAUGGAACGUGGGGUUUCUUCAGGAAUACAUCUCUUAAUAACCAAGAAGCCAUGAAAGAAUCUGUGCAUAUUUUUAUUGAGUAAUAUAUAAAUAUAUACUUUUUGGUUGGCUGUUCUAUUUUUCUAAUGAUUUCCUCAGAAUUUCUUACUGUUGUGAUACAAUUAUUCGACCCCCUGAUGCUGACUGUAAUCCCUGUUGGGUUUUUUUCCUGCUCCUGUUCCAGUGGAGUUUCUGGUUUGGUUCUUGUUUAGAUUUUGGCUCUGCUCUCCCCUCCCCUCCCCUCCUAAAUAUAAAACUUUGUUUUUUAAAUGUGAAACGUUUAUCUAGAGCACGACCUCUGCUUCUCGGAGACGUUUCUGCCAGGUGGCACUGUAAAUAAUGUCUCCCUCUUGAUGUCGUUUUUGACUUUGGAGAUCAGUUUGUUAAUAUUAUGUGAUACAGCAUUAAACGUUUCCCAGAAAUGCAAAUAAAUUAUGUUAGUUUCA